UUCAAUUUUCUCUAACAGCUUUCUCUGCAUUAACACCAUGGAGUUUAUUCCCGAUUUUAUUUCGUCCGAGCGCACCAUGUCCCCGAAGCCUUCAACCAGCGGAGCCGCCCGUGAGAUUCCUGCUACGCCGCUGAAGCCACGAACAUUUGCAAAGCGCCGCGCUCCGGAGAUGGACGACGUCAAGCUGAACCUGGCCAAGAAGUUCAAAGAGGCAGAGGUCACCAAGCAUCCCCGCCUUGCGUUCAUCCAUGAAGGUUCCAACGUGUACAAGAUUGGUUUCGAGAAGUAUGCGUACGCCCGCUUCCAGGACGGAGUCUCCGCCAUCGUCAUUGGUGAAUGGAAGAAGCAGAGCGACGACACCUACCGCCGCACCCUAGAGAAGUCCAUCACGGUCAAGAAACCCGGAUUCAUGCGUCUGUGUGCCCUGAUUAUGAGCGGUAAGGCCGACCUGGACAAGAUUUCCCAGCUUAGCAGCGGUACCGACGGCAAGUUGACGCCCUUGUAUGCCUUGGAAAGUGGACUGUACUUUGGAUGGGGGCGCUACAACCGUGUCAACACGGCAACCGUCCGUCGUUAUACACUUGGGAACAACGGGGACCUCAUUCCGACUAAAGCGGGUGUGACCUUUGGACUCAAGACUUACGAAGGACUGAAGGAGCUGGUGGUGGACACGACGUUGCUGAAAGAGCUUUUUGCUGUGGACGAAGCCAACCACGUCCCAAAGACCUUAAAGUCCGCUCUGGCAUACGACAAGUUGAAAGAAGAAGUGGCUGAAGAAUUCACGGAGCUCAUCUACCAGAUGCGUGGACGCAACGGCAAGAUGGUGUGCGGAAGUGCCGACGAUGACGAAUGGGCUGCAGCUGAAAAAGCUAUUCUGGAGUCGCGCUAUGUGGAGGCUGUUCUGUUGGAAGCUGAUCAAGUGUACAUUGGGCAAGUUAUUGGAUUGGACGUUAAAGGGUAUUUGGAACUUAAUGCCCUGGAGUUUCGUGCCAUGUUUGCUAAGCUCAUUUAAGCGCUGUCCGUAAUGUUUAGUUUUUUCUGUGUUCUCAUUUGGGUCUUAAUUCAUUAAACGCGGUCAGUUUUUUUCUUUAUUUUAUUUCUGUAAUGCGUUUACAUAUCUGACGGAUAAAUGCACCGUCAAUCACUUUGGUAUUUAUGUCAAAAAAUGAAUUAACAU